AUGUCGAUAUUGGAUCCAUUAACCGGCGUAAGUGACAUAUUGGUAAACAACGAUGUCGUAAAAGAGAAUGAUGGUCUUCGUAUUGUGCUUGUUGCUGCAUUUCGAACAGGUUCAACAUUUACUGGUGAAUUGUUAAAUAUGAAUCCAAACAUAUUUUAUUUAUUCGAACCGUUCAGGAUAAUUCAAGACAUUGUGAAACGUAAUGCUAUUGGGAAAGACCUAGAGAAUUCAACAAAAUUAGAACUGCUGACUGACAUUUUUGCUUGCAGAUUUCCAACGUAUUUUGUGCACCAUAUUCGACAUUGGGGGCUAGCUACCUAUGAGAGUAACUCAUUAAAAGAUGCAUGCAUGCAACAUAAGGGGUGUAAAAAUAUGACACCCGAAGAACUGGCUGAGACAUGUAAGGGGUAUAAACACGUAGCCAUGAAAGUCAUACGUCUACAGUCUCUGAAACUAUUACAACCACUGUUAGUUAGAGAUAGCAUGAAUUUGAAGGUUCUUCACCUCAUCCGAGAUCCUCGAGGAGUUGCAUCUUCACGGAAGUAUAUGUACAAAAAUGCUGCCAAUAAACCUAUCAUGAAAGCUGUUGUCGACACAACCAGGAACUAUUGCCAAAGCGAGGUAGAGAUGCUUGAGCUCAGUUCAGUGAUGCCUGACUGGUUGCGUGGUAGAUAUAAACUUAUCCGGUACGAGGAUAACGCUAUAGGACCCCUCAAGAUGGCCAAAAAUGUGUACGAUUUUCUUAAUCUCAAACUACCUCCAAAGGUAACGCAAUGGAUUAAUGAAAACACGAAGAGCGAUGUCACACCAAUGGGUGUUAUGAGUACACGUAAGAAUUCCUCUGCUGCGGCCCAAUCGUGGCGGUUUAGGCUGUUGUACAACGACGUUGAAGUUAUUCAGAACUUGCCUCCUUGUCAUAAACUCAUGGAAAUACUUGGAUAUAAUCGAAUUACCAGUCCUAUUCAGAUGUACAAUAUGUCAUAUAUAUCCUUUUAA